UGAUAACACGUUUCGAUGAUGACGUCAGCAGAUUACGAGCGCACCGUUGUUGCAGACGAUAUCACGGCAUUAAGACAGCCAUGACGGGGGGCUGGGUAAUGGAACUAUUCCAGUUCAGUUACUGUGCUUCGUUGAACACCGUGCAUGCAAAGAAGCGACCGCCAACUAGGUGGCAAGCAUUUCUCAAGAUAUAGUGAUCGUUUUGGAUCCAAAAAAGGCGUAUCAAGAGUUCACGAUGCUUAUCAAAGAGUUUCGUAUACCCAUGCCCAUUAGUGUCUCAGAGUAUAAAGUUGGGCAGUUAUAUAUGAUAGCGAAGCAUAGUAAUGAACAGUCUGCUGAAGGAGAAGGAGUUGAAGUUGUGGCUAACCAUCCCCAUGAAGAUAUUGAACAUGGAGCAGGACAGUACACAGAAAAAAGGAUAUACCUCUUCAGUCGUCUUCCUCAGUGGAUUAGAUCACUCAUACCAAAAGUAUUCUAUAUAACAGAAAAAGCAUGGAACUACUAUCCCCGCACUAUAACAGAAUACACAUGCUCUUUCCUCCCCAGGUUUGUCAUCAAUGUCAAAACGUGUUAUGAAGACAAUGCAGGAACUCAUGAAAACGCUUUAAGUCUAGAUGAAAGCCAACUCAGUGCUCGAGAAGUGGACUUCAUCGAUAUCGCUUAUGAUGAUAUCAACCCUAAGCAUUACAAAGCGGAAGAAGAUUUGAGAACAUGGCAUUCGGAGAUAACUGGAAGAGGCCCCUUGACGCCAGAUUGGAUGAAAAGCGAUCUGAAACCAAUUAUGUGCUCGUACAAGUUAGUUUCAGUUUGUUUCGAAGUCUGGGGCCUUCAGACACGAGUGGAAGACUAUGUCCAACGCGUAAUCCGGGAAAUCUUACUAGUUGGCCAUCGGCAAGCCGUGGCUUGGCUGGAUCAAUGGUUCAACAUGACGGAAGAGGACGUCCGGAAAUACGAGAAGGAAAUGCAUAGCGUUACAAAUGAGAAGGUACUACAUCACCAAAGCAAUGUUGCCGCUUUACCGACUUCACCAGAUGCAGUUUCCGACUUGCCAGAAGAGGUUACGCCAACCAGACGUAGUUGGUUUAGUUGGUCAUAGCUUGUAGGACGUGUCUUUAUUUAUUUGUGUGGAGAAUUUACCCUCAAAACUUUACUUACGUCACAAACAUAUAAUGUCACAUUAAGUUAGCAUUUUGUUGUAUGUUGUAAUUGCAUCUAUGUGUCUGAAGCAUUUUUUUUUAACUUGAGGAAAAACAGGUUCGACGAAGGGCCUCUGUGUUAAACCAACAAAGCUAGGUCCUAGAAGCGUUCGCCUCUUAUAGUGUAGUACGUGAAAUCCAAAAAGAGUAACGUACCAUUCACUCUCGGUUGUGAUUCAAGGUAAGGCUAAUGCACAUAUACUUAUAUGCUGUUGUCAGACCUAGUUCUCAGUGUUAUUUCCUGGUGACUGUGUGUUUUGCUGGUCUCGCCUUGUUUUGUUCCUUUUUUCACGAAAAAUCUAAUCGUUGUUGUUGCUGUCUGUUGAUUCGUUUUCGUUAAAUAUUUUUCGUUAUUAUUUGUUUUGUUUUUUUCGGGUGAUUUAUGAAAAUUUUAUCAUUAUGAUAUGUUUACACCUCUACAUACUUGUCACACAUUAGUUUCUUCUGCUCUUACAUGUGUAUUACUGUAAGCUUAAUAUCUAUGAUCUAAUUAUUGUGUGCAGUGUCGGUUUUCCUCUGACCACAAUAACCGACAUUCUUGCCCGGGAAGCUUUAAUUGAAACCAAUGUUGCAAUGUGCCGAUCAUUUAGCAAUGUUUUCGGUUACAGAAAGAGAAUUUAUUGUUUUUCGUUUCACUAUUAAUAUACAAAAAUAAAUAGAUGUCCAUUAGCAUAAGAAACAUUAAAAUGUUUAUAAGUUUCUUGUUUUGAUUUUUAUGCUCAAUGGUAAAUUAAUGUGUCUGAUGUUUUCGUUUAAAACAAAUUUACGAGUUUAAAAAUAGAUACUGGGCAAGUGUA